UUUAAUGGCUGUGGAUGGGCACGGGAGAGCCGAAAGUCCAAUCCGUUUUCUCCCACUGGGGACCGAGACGGGUGGGGGAGGAUGCACGCUGUUCUCUUCCCAAAUGGCGGCCUUCGCACGCCUGUCACCUUCCCACUCCUCAAGUACAGUCAUGCCAAGUCUAUCUACGGGAAAGCUUAUUGAACUUGGCAGAGAUUACAGAUGGGCCUCUACUCUUUGCUUCCCAAGGAGGCCUACUUCAGCCAUCCGUGUCAAUUAUUAGAUCUGAAGGAAAUAGAAGAGGACGUCCUCGAAGAAAUGCCUCUGCAGAUAGGUCUGUAAAGGGUGCUAAUCGACUGAAAGAUUCAUCAACUACCAGUGAUGAGACAUCUAAAUCCUCUAGUCAGGAGAAGAUAAUAGCAUUGUUUAAAAGAAUACAAACUUCUAUUUCAAAAGGAGGAUCUGCACUUUCCAAGAGAAGAAGCCCCAACAAUCCAAAAGAAAAGCAAACAGGUGAAUCAGUUCUGGGAUCUCGACAAAAGUAUGUAAAACAGAAACAAGCAAGAGUAGAUAAAGUUCCAAGCCAAUAUGAUACAUUGUCAUCAGGAGAUGAAACAACAGAAGAUGCUGUGACAUCUGGAAAGUUCAAAAUGUCAAGGCCUGUCUCAAAUUUUGCGAAGAGAUCACCCAUUCCACCACCUUCAUUAGAACUGGAAAGCAUUCAGAAGGUGUCUGAGGAACGUCUGCCAGUAGUUGCUGCAGGGGAGAAGGUAGAAUUACAGAAGCUGGAUGAGAUGAAGCUCCCUGAGCUGAAAGAACUAGCAAGAAAAAGAGGGGUAAAAGGUUACUCGAAGCUGAAGAAGGGAGAGCUUUUGGAACUUUUGAAGGGGUUGCUGCAAUCUUCUUGAUGAGCAGAAGCUUUUCGAGAUGAAAUAACAUAAAUCGUUUGUGAGAGACUUACUGGCUGAAGUCUUAUGAAACUAUGAAUAGGACAGUUCAAGAACCUAUAACUGUUUGCUGUUGUUGUACAUUUAUUUCUUGUUCUUUUCUUUUGUUCGCCAGUGUGUUUGUGUGACUGGGUGGAGUUGCAGAUGUCUUUUGCUACUCUGUUUGACCUCAUCAAUUUGCUUAGUUAUUCAGUUAACUUCUAUGAAAAUUACUGCUGAUUGUUUAAAGCUUCAA